AUGAACAACAACAACAACAACAACAACAACAACAACACCCAAAACAACACCAACAUUACCAUCGUAGCUCCAUGGGCUCAAGAAACGAUGACGGGCAAUAGCUCGGACGGAUGGGGACCAACCCCCACGCAUAUUCCAAGCAGAAACGAAGGCGGUUGGGCCUCAGAACCAAGCAUAGCUAGCUACGAAGACGAUGCCAUGGAUAUCGAUGAACAAUCAACCAUGCAUACAUCACCAUCGCCGCUACCACAAGACCAACGAAACCAACAAGACAUAGCGUUGGAUACCUUGGAUGCCAUCAUCGAUGUGGACAUAGAGGCGUUCACGACAAUAGCAACAGCUUAUGCAAGCAUCUCUACAUUGCUGAGCUUACGUACCCAUCUACAACAGGAGCUUACCCAGUUGGCAGGUAAUACAACCAGAAUCAUCCAACAAGUACCAGUGCGCCCGCACCCGCAACGAAACAAAAAUCAGCAGAGACAUUUAGCUCUUGCUAUCGUUAUCAGAGACACCUUCCCUUGGGUGCCUGUGAGCCUAUACUGUGAAGAGUGCUGA